CUGUCUGGGAGGCACCCCAGCCUGGAGAUUCUGUUUGCCUUCUUCAUUCAAAUAAGUGUUGUUAGUAACCACUAUAUGCGAGGUACAGGGGAUACAGUGAUGAACAAGAUAACACCAGCACCCUACCCUUGAUUUCAACCCAUGUAGAGUGCUUCUCCGCACCGCUUGGCACAGAAGGACAAAACAGAGAUUCAGCCCCUGCUUUCAAACCAUGCCUAAUCUUUAGAGGAUAUUAGAACAAAUCUGUAAAUGACCAGGUACAGGUACUGUUAGUUAAGUGACACAGCAGAUAAAAGAAGCUUUCUCGGGAUGGAAAGGAGCGAUAGUGUGAGGUGAGGUUAGGAAGAUUUAAGAGUGUUCUCCAGGCAUGGUAGACCUCAAAGCAGGAUGAGGUUUUGGUUGAUGAAGGUGGAGGACGGGGGCAGCAUUUCUACCAAAAGGGGCUAACCUGAGUAAAGCCAUGGAAACAGGGAAGCGUAGGGGGAGUGGGGGUACAGUGGUUAAGUCCAGGUUGUCCAGAGCAUGUGGAAGAGGAGUUGAAAUUAAGACCAGAAAAGUAGUUUGGAGACAUUCCAUAUGGGACUUUGAAUGCCAAGGGCCGGGGUGGGGGACUGUUUAUACUUGGCUUAGUAGGAAAACAAGAAGGCAUUGAAGGUUUUCAAAUAGGGGAGUGAUAUGACUGUAACCUUCCCCCUAGAAAAAAUUAUUUUGGCUGCGAUGUAUACAAUGGAGUGGAGUAGGGAGGGAUAGGAGAGAGGUAGACCAGUAGGAAUCUUCUGUCACUAGUUUAGGCAAUAGGGCAGAGGGAAUGACAGGGGAGGAUGGAUUAAAAACAUUUCAGAGACAAAAUCUUGGGUUCUGCUGUGGGUGAAUUUAAGAGGUGGAGAAGGCAAAGAAGACCAUGCCAAAGGGUUGAGUCUAAGAGAAUGGGAAUAUAGUGGUGCCAUUAAGAGAAAUACAUACAUCUAGUAAGAAAUAAUAAAACAGGGCAUGACUUUUGUUUGUGAAAGAGAACAGCUUUGGUUUCAGAUCCACUGAGUUUCAGGUGCUUGUAGAACCUCUAAAGGAAGGUUUCUAGUAAGAUAUUUUAAAAAAAAAGUCAGAAGAGAGGUCAGAACUAAAGAUAACGGUUUUGGAGUUAUCUCCAUAGUGAUACUGUUGAAACUGGUAGAGAAUGAGUCUGAGAGGGAGAAAAGAGAAGCAGGUCAAAGACAUUUCCUCCCUUGGGAAACAUUCUGUGUUCAGGCAACUGAAGUAGGGAGAAGAGUCAUGAAGGAAAUUCUUAAAAAUAGGGAGAUAGGAACAGAACCAAGGCACCUCUGGAAGCCAAGAGGAGAGUUUCAAGAAGGAUGAUGGUCAGCAAUUUCAGCUGCCUCAGGGAUAUGAACGACGGGAUUGAAAGUUGCAAAAAGGUUUAUGGUUAAGCAGGCAGAGGAUAUCUGUAGGCAAGCCACGACCCAGCUGAGAGAGAAGACGGAGCCUCAGAAUUGGAAAGCUCUGAAAGAACAGCUUUUCAACAAGUUCAUCCUGCGUCUUGUGUCAUGUGUUCAACUGGCGAGCAAACUUUCCUUCCACUACAAAAUUAUCAGCAACGUUACAGUCCUGAAUUUCCUCCAGUCUCUGGGGUAUGUGCACACUAAGGAGGAACUGCUGGAGUCAGAGCUUGAUGUUUUGAAGUCCCUGAACUUCCAAAUCAAUCUGCCUACUCCCCUGGCAUAUGUAGAGAUGCUUCUGGAGGUUUUAGGAUACAAUGGCUGUUUGGUCCCAGCCACACAGCUGCAUGCAACCUGCCUGACCCUGCUUGACCUUGUCUAUCUCCUGCACGAACCCGUAUAUGAGAGCCUGCUCAGGGCUUCAAUUGAAAACUCCAUACCCAGUCAGCUGCAAGGGGAAAAGUUUGCUUCAGUGAAGGAAGACUUCAUGCUGUUGGGAGUAGGAAUCAUUGCGGCAAGUGCUUUCAUCCAAAACCAUGAGUGCUGGAGCCAGGUUGUGGAGCAUUUGCAGAGCAUCACUGGCAUUGCCCUGGAAAGCAUCGCUGAGUUCUCUUACGCAAUCCUGACUCACAGCGUGGGCGCCAACACUCCAGGGCGACAGCCUGUCCCCCCCCACCUGGAGGCCAGAGCUCUGCGGGCUGCCACUUCCUCCAACACGUGAGGCGGGCUCCACCCGCCAAGUAUUCAACAGCCUUCACCACUGCGCUUAUCCCUCCUUUUGUUUACUCUUCAACUCAGGGUACAAAAGUUCCAAGUAUCUUUUGGACUAUGUUUUGUGUUCCAACUUCAUGUGCGCUUUUCUGCAUCGGACAAAGAGUUAAAGUUGACAAGCAUGUCCUUUUUGUUGUAUCAGACUGAAAAUGUCAAGGAGCUGGGAGGAGAUAGAACAUUAGUGAAGUUGGUUCGUUUUUGUUUAACAAGGUAUUUAUAGCUUUUCCUUAACUGUUCAUUUCACUGGAAGAGAACAUAGGAUGUGGAAAUUAGUGUUAACCAGGGGCUUGAAAACCGAGACUGUUUGGGUGACCUUGACUGAGCAUCAAGGAGGCAGCCUUUAUUUCCCCUUAAAGUUAGUUUAACAUCUCUGUUCUGUCGUUGACAUGUACACAAACAGGGCUUCCUCCACAGCUGUCUAUUGCCAUUAGUCUUUUUUAAAA